GAAAUGCGUUGCACCACAGCUAGGAUCGGGCUAGCCAUGCUGCUACUUGCACACGCAGCCAGCGGCGCCUGGCGCCACGCCAUCACUGCAAUCACCCUCACGAGCACGCUGCGACCAGCCCGAGGCGAGUGGCAAGCGAAAGGCAAGAUGGAGUUUCUGUGGGCGACGCCCGUGAUGGAGUACGACGGCCUGUUCAACGAGGAGCAGCUCUGCAUGUUCGCGAAGGACGUGCUCGAGGCCUGGGACGCCUUCCAGGCGGCGGGCCAGAAGGAUCGGGUGACGAACCCGACGGACACGGCCUGGACGCAGGCGGACCUGGAUAGGUAUAAUGAGAAGUUCUUCGCGUGGCAGAGCGUCACGCCGGUGCCCAUGCGCACGUUGGAGACGGUCUGGCAGGCCUUUGUGUUUGCGGUCCGCGAAUACGUGAAGCAGGCGGAGAUGCCUCCUCUAUUAUAUCAGCGGCCGAACGACGCGGGCACCGCGAUCGAGUGGACGACGAUCGACCAGCACCCGAAUGUACAGAGGGGCAACGGCUACUGCUGGGCGGCCGUGCAGGCGAACGCGACGCACCACGACGUGCACACGCACGCCGGCUCGUCCGUGGCCGGCACUUUGUACUUGAGCGUGCCGGGCGACGGCGGCGCGCUGUCGCUCAACGACCCGCGCGGGCCCAUGCCGCCCUUCGACGUGACGUACCGCAAGGCGCCGCGCGCGGGGAAUUUGGUGAUAUUUCCCGCGACGCUGCCGCACGGCGUCUUGCCGACCUUUGGCUCGGAGCCGCGCAUAUCGAUCUCUUGCAACCACCCCGGCCACUGGCAGAACUUUACGAACGGGAAAGUGGUCUUCGGCGAAAAAACCUGGGAGACGACGAUGCUCACGCCGGAGGAGCAUCGGGCGCGCGCGGCCGCGAGUAAGCCGGAAUUGUGA